AUUUUCUGAAAGAAACAAUUUUUGAGCAGAGAGAGCUAUGGAGGCUAAAGCGUUUUCGGGCAGUAGAGGACUGCUGCCGUUGCUGUACACUUCUCCCCAGAGACCCAAAUCCAUGCCUGCCCAGACGUCGAUCCGCGCAGCCGCCACCAAGAAGAAUUCGACACAAGUGAAGCUACUAACAAGGGUGGAGCAACUGAAGCUGCUGACCAAAGCCGAGAAAGCCGGCCUUCUAUCGGCGGCAGAGAAGUCCGGCCUCUCACUGUCGGCGAUAGAGAAGCUCGGGCUGCUAUCAAAGGCAGAAGAAUUUGGAGUCCUGUCGGCAGCCACGGACCCUGGAACUCCGGGGGCACUGCUGACUUUGAGCUUCGGACUACUGCUUUUGGGUCCUUUGUCUGUCUUUCUUGUGCCGGAGGAUUACCCUUGGGAGGUGGUUGUCCAAGCUGUGGUCGCUGCUGUUUCUGUGGUGGGUGGUUCUGCAGCCUUCGGUGCAUCAAAUUUUGUAUCGAACUUGCAGAAAUCAAGCUGAAAUUCGAUGAGCUAGGUAGCGCUUUGCGAUUUCUUGCUCAUUACUGGUGAUUUAUCUAAGAUAGUUGCAAGUUGUAAUAUAAGAUGGUAACAAGCAUAUAUCAGAAAAUGGAAGGAAGUUCUCGAUCUUAA